AUGCUGGAAACCACCAAUGGCGACCGAUAUCCCUCUUCACAAACAAACAAGGUCAGCACCAGCCAAGCAGACCAGGCAGUGAUUGCUGGAGACAGCCGAAUGACCGCCAGCUCAUGUAUCGAUUCCACUGAGGCCUUCCGCUCCGAGCUUGAUUCCUCUUCGACAACAGUGGCACCGAAGUCAUAUGGAACUUCUGGCAAUACGAAUGAAAGCUAUCUGCCUACGCAGGAAUCGACCGAAACGGACGGCAAGCAGCCAUUCAAGCAGUUAGAUUCCGUACACGACCUGAAGCACGCUUUCUCUGUAAGUCUACUAGAUUUCUGA